AGAACAAAAUGGCACUGCGCUGGGAAGCUGGUCUAUACACCAAUGAGCCGAGCAAUAUCAGGGGCGGACUGGCAACUCAUGGGGCCCCCGGGCAAUAGGGGAUCAUGGGGCCCCUGUGUCCUUGCCCAAACUCAAAAAAGCCUAUGAAAAAGGUACCAGGGGCAUCUCAUGGGGCCCACUACUGACCCCGGGCCCUCAGGCAGUGCCCGAGCUUCCAAAUGGUCAGUCUGCCCCUGGGCAGUAUCACCCAAUAUCAGUUUGGGGAGUAAAGUUUGCAGGUGGCAGUUUGACUGGUCUGUGUCAUAUUUCUUCAAGACAGUCUGGCUUUCCAUUUCAUGU